ACUCUGAAGAAAAUAUUCCAAUAGCAAAGCUUGAGGACGUUCCUUUAGCACUACAGUUAAAACCUGUAUCACCAGUUCCAUUCUCUUCGUCCGAUGACGACAAAACUUCAUCGUUGCUAUCGACUACGAACCCGGGUUUUCCGUCAUUCACUUCACCUACACCAUCUCGCCCAACAAGUAUUGGCACGUCCCAAGACAACAAAUCACAAAAUUCAUUGUUUUCACCCGGUUCGCUUAUGGCGGAAGCAGAAGAAAAGGGAAUGUCGACAACCGCACAAGUAUUAGCCGAGAAGAGAAGUAUGUUAACGGCUUAUAAAAACAGCAAAAACGAGCCUCAGGAAGAAACAGAAAUGACGUUUUCCGCGGGGUCGUUGAUGGCUGCGGCUGAGGAGAAAGGUUUAUUCAACAAACCCUCCCGGUCAGAUCUAGAUUCUGUGUAUUCUGAUUCCUGCGUAAGUCUAAAAUCUCCAAAACGUCCGGAAAAGAGGUUACCUGAAAUUCCUAGGACUACGUCUCCGCCCUCUUCUCCUCCGCUAACGUUUGUAUCUACAACGUCGACUGAUCGCGGUCGCCAGUCAUCGAGUAUAGCCAGCUCUUGCUACGAAACAGCCAGUGGUUCUACUGCAACUCUUCAUACAGCUCCGCCAUCGCCGACAACUGAAAUCGACGGGACUAUAGUUGGGAGUCCAACUAUCGAGUUAACUAUACCGGCUCUGACUGAAAGAUUGGACUUGAAUGAUGAGUCUACACCCAAGAUACAUGUGGAUGAGGCCAUUUUGGCAAGUCCGGUAGAGAGUGUCGAUACGGUACCUGGCGUACCGGAGGAGAGGGAUGAGGAAGAGUAUAGAUGGGCUCAGGCAAGGAAUGCAGCUAAGCGGUGUUUUGACGAUAACGAAACGUUUAUGAAGAAAGAAAAGGUUACAGAGUUUUUAGGUAGGAAUUGGUUUGUAGAGAAUGAAAUUAGAUUGACAAUUUGA